UGUGCCUUCUUCUGCACCACCUUCGAUUUAUUAUUAUUGUUCUUACCCAUUCCGCUUUCUCUAAUUCCGAAUAAUUCUCCUCCUUUUGUUCUUCAGCCAUAACUCUCUGAGUCUGAGGUUUCCAAAGGCUACUAGCAUCUAAAGUCAGCAGAGAUCCAUCGGUACUUACAAUCUUUUCGACGAUAAAAUGGAGCUAGAGAACCAAGAAGACCUAGCAACAUUGGGUGACUCAGGAGGAGACUUCGACUGCAACAUAUGUUUGGAUCAGGUUCGUGAUCCGGUCGUGACUUUGUGUGGCCACUUGUUUUGUUGGCCCUGCAUUUACAAGUGGACUUACUCCACCAACAAUACAAGACAACGCGUCGACCAGUACGAUAAGAAGAAAUCCUCGAAAUGUCCGGUCUGCAAAUCCGAGGUCUCCGACGCUACGCUUGUCCCUAUCUACGGCAGGGGACAGAAAGUCCCCCAGUCUGGUUCAAAUGUACCGAACAGACCAUCUGGCCCGGUUUAUGACUUGAGAAGAGCUGGUCAACUUGUAGGUGAAGGGGGGAGUCAACGGUACAUGUAUAGAAUGCCUGAUCCGGUGGUGGGUGAGGUAUGCGAGAUGGUAUAUCGGAGACUAUUUGGAGAGUCUUCGAGCAACGUGACACCGUACCGGGGCGACCGUUACACAAGUCUCCGGUUAAGGCGUCGGACAAUGCAGGCGGAUGAGUCACUAAGCAGAAUCUAUUUGUUCCUGCUUUGUUUCAUGGUCAUGUGUCUACUUCUUUUCUAAUUGUAUGUCCUCUCAUCAUACAUUGGAAUGAGUAUGCAUAUUAUAUUUACGGAGGUAAGUUACAAGUGUGUGUGUGUAAGAGCGUUGAAUCUUCUGAUUUUAUGAUUAGAACAUAAUAAUGUGAAAAUCAAGAAACGGCACCGAUUUGCUAUUGUUUAUUCUGAUCUAAUAAUAAUAUGGAUAAAAGGAGGCUUUAUC